GAUAACAUCUGCACCGCAGUGGAGGGGUUUCCUGUUCCAUUUCCCUGCUUCAGUGGGACAGGAACUCCCUGUUCUCGACUCCCCGCCUGCCUGACGCGAUAGCCUCAAACAGGGAAGAAGAUUGCCCCAGACUUUAAAAAAAACGGUGAUAUUUAUGCUUUUUCAUCGCCAUUGCUUUCCAGGGGCGUCAAGCUUGUUAAUAUUAGUGUUGAAUGGAUUUCUAAGUCGUUGAAGUGGACCAAAUUCCCAGGAAAACAACUCCGGCAUCAUGGCGUCCACGGUGACCCUGGAGGAUGCUCUGUCCAAUGUGGACCUUCUGGAGGAGCUGCCUCUCCCAGACCAGCAGCCCUGCAUCGAGCCCCUGCCCUGCUCCCUCAUGUACCAGCCCAACUUCAACACCAACUUUGAGGACCGUAAUGCCUUUGUGACGGGGAUCGCCAGAUAUAUCGAGCAGGCCACCGUCCACUCUAGCAUGAAUGAGAUGCUGGAGGAGGGCCAGGAGUAUGCUGUGAUGCUGUACACGUGGAGGAGCUGCUCUCGCGCUAUCCCACAGGUGAAGUGUAAUGAGCAGCCCAACAGAGUGGAGAUCUAUGAGAAGACAGUGGAGGUGCUGGAGCCUGAGGUCACCAAGCUCAUGAACUUUAUGUACUUCCAGCGAUUGGCUAUAGACCGGUUCUGUGGGGAGGUGCGUCGUCUCUGCCACGCUGAGAGGAGGAAGGACUUUGUCUCCGAGGCCUACCUCCUGACCCUGGGGAAGUUCAUCAACAUGUUCGCUGUGCUGGAUGAACUCAAGAACAUGAAGUGUAGCGUCAAGAACGACCACUCUGCCUACAAACGAGCUGCCCAGUUCCUCAGGAAGAUGUCAGAACCCUCGUCCAUCCAGGAGUCUCAGAACCUCUCCAUGUUUCUGGCCAACCACAACAAGAUCACUCAGUCUCUGCAGCAGCAGUUGGAGGUGAUUAACGGCCACGAUGAGCUGCUGGCUGACAUAGUCAACCUGUGUGUUGAUUACUAUGAGAACAGGAUGUACCUGACCCCCAACGAGAAACACAUGCUGCUCAAGGUGAUGGGGUUUGGUCUGUACCUGAUGGAUGGCAGUAACAGCAACAUCUACAAAAUGGACGCCAAGAAGAGGAUCAACCUGACAAAGAUUGACAAGUUCUUCAAGCAACUGCAGGUGGUGCCUCUGUUUGGUGACAUGCAGAUUGAGCUGUCCAGGUACAUCAAGACCAGCGCACACUUUGAAGAGAACAAGAACAGGUGGUCAUGUACCUCAACAGGCAGCAGUCCUCAGUAUAAUAUCUGUGAGCAGAUGGUUCAGAUCAGGGAAGACCACAUGAGGUUCAUCUCUGAGCUGGCUCGCUACAGCAACAGUGAGGUGGUGACGGGGUCCGGUCGUCAGGAGGCCCACAAGACAGACCAUGAGUACAGGAAGCUGUUUGACCUGUCUCUGCAGGGGAUGCAGCUACUGUCCCAGUGGAGCGCACACGUCAUGGAAGUGUACUCGUGGAAGCUGGUCCAUCCAACAGAUAAGUACUCGAACAAGGAGUGUCCUGACAACGCGGAGGAGUAUGAACGAGCUACACGAUACAACUACACCAGCGAGGAGAAGUUCUCCCUGGUAGAGGUGAUGGCCAUGAUAAAGGGUUUACAGGUCCUGAUGGGUCGUAUGGAGUCGGUGUUUAACCACGCUAUCCGCCACACCAUCUACUCGGCCCUGCAGGACUUCGCCCAGCUCACCCUGAGAGACCCGCUACGGCAGGCCAUCAAGAAGAAGAAGAACGUGGUGCAGAGUGUCCUGCAGGCCAUCAGGAAGACCAUCUGUGAUUGGGAGGCAGGACAUGAGCCCCACAAUGACCCUGCCCUGCGAGGAGAGAAAGACCCCAAGGGAGGCUUUGACAUCAAGGUUCCUCGCCGCGCCGUCGGCCCCUCCAGCACACAGCUGUACAUGGUUCGUACCAUGCUGGAGUCUCUGAUAGCUGAUAAGAGUGGUUCUAAGAAGACUCUCCGCAGCUGUCUGGAGGGACCCACCAUCAUGGAUAUGGAGAAGUUCCACAGAGAGUCCUUCUUCUAUACUCACCUGCUCAACUUCAGCGAGACCCUACAGCAGUGCUGUGACCUGUCUCAGCUGUGGUUCAGAGAGUUCUUCCUGGAGCUGACCAUGGGGCGCAGGAUCCAGUUCCCCAUCGAAAUGUCCAUGCCCUGGAUCCUCACAGACCACAUACUGGAGACCAAGGAGGCCUCUAUGAUGGAGUAUGUGCUGUAUCCUCUGGACCUCUAUAAUGACAGUGCCCACUACGCCCUGACCAAGUUCAAGAAGCAGUUCCUCUACGAUGAGAUAGAAGCAGAGGUCAACCUGUGUUUUGAUCAGUUUGUCUACAAGCUGGCUGAUCAGAUAUUUGCCUACUACAAGAUUCUAGCUGGAAGUCUGCUGCUGGACAAGCGUCUGAGAGCGGACUGUAAGAACCAGGGAGCCAACAUCCCCUGGCCCGCGUCCAACCGCUACGAGACCCUGCUGAAACAACGCCACGUUCAGCUGCUGGGUCGUUCCAUAGACCUGAACCGUCUGAUCACCCAGAGAGUGUCUGCUGCUCUCUACAAGUCUCUGGAGCUGGCCAUCAACCGCUUUGAGAGCGAGGACCUCACAUCCAUCGUGGAACUAGAAGGUCUGAUGAAUAUCAACCGUAUGACCCACAAGCUGCUGUCUAAGUUCCUGACGCUGGACAGUAUGGACGCCAUGUUCCGGGAGGCCAAUCACAAUGUCUCCGCCCCCUACGGACGCAUCACACUCCAUGUCUUCUGGGAACUCAACUACGAUUUCCUCCCCAACUACUGCUACAAUGGAUCUACCAACAGGUUCGUCCGCACGGUCCUGCCGUUCUCACAGGAGUUCCAGAGGGACAAGCCACCCAACGCCCAGCCCCAGUACCUGUACGGGUCAAAGGCUCUGAACCUGGCGUACAGCAGUAUCUUUGGUUUCUACAGACACUUUGUUGGUCCUCCUCACAUCAAGGCCAUGUGUCGUCUGCUGGGGUACCAGGGCAUCGCUGUGGUCAUGGAGGAGUUGCUGAAAGUGGUCAAGAGCCUGCUCCAGGGCACCAUCAUGCAGUAUGUGAAGACCCUGAUGGAGGUGAUGCCUAAGAUCUGCCGUCUCCCUCGCCACGAGUACGGCUCGCCGGGUAUCCUGGAGUUUUUCCACCACCAGCUGAAGGACAUAGUGGAGUACGCCGAGUUGAAGACUGUCUGUUUCCAGAACCUCAGAGAAGUCGGCAAUGCUCUCCUCUUCUGUCUGCUCAGCGAACAGAGCCUGGUAAGAUCUUCAACCACAGCGCCACCUUGUCAGUGAUUUGAUAAAACUGAU